UGUCCACAAAAUGACAGCUCUUAUCUACCACAAUUCAAAUCUCUACUCCCUUGAAGCCACUGUCCUUGCCGUUUUCUCCUUUACCGAAGAUGGGCUCUUCAAAGACGGCACUCCCAAUCACCAUAUCGUUGUCACCGACAAGACUAUCUUUCACCCGCAGGGGGGUGGCCAGCCGUCUGACGAAGGAGUGAUGAAGGCUGAAUAUGCAGUAUUCACUGUGACUUCUGUUCGAAUGCGAGAUGAUAAAGUGCUGCAUUUGGGUAUAUUCACCGACCAGAGGAUCUUCAGCGCAGGAGACACUAUCAUACAGAACAUCGACAUUGAUAAACGGAUCCUGUACUCCCGGUACCAUACUGCAGGACAUGUUUUAGGCUCAGCAGUCAGAAGCCUGUUGGAAAAUGAAAUUGAGGGAUUUGAUGAGCUCAAGGCGUCCCAUUUUCCUGACUCGGCGAGCUGUGAGUUCCGGGGUGCGAUUGAGGGGAAAUACAAACCCGACAUUCAGAAAAAAGUGGACGAAGUGAUUGCUGCCAAAUUGCCAGUCAGGAUAGAAUGGUGGGAUGAAAGUGACUUUAUCUCUAACGACCUGCAGCGUUUGAUCCCACGCAAGUUGUCCCCUGGGGAGAAACUGCGUGUGGUGAAUAUUGUUGGGGCUGAAGUGUAUCCUUGCGGAGGGACACAUGUGGAGACUACAGAUCUAUGCGGUCCAGUGGCUGUCAGGAAGAUUGCUCGCAAGUCAGGUGUAUCAAAGGUUAGCUAUACAGUGAUGGAAUAGAGAUCAUAUAAACUAAAUAGGCGUAUGCUAUAUAUAUAUUCUAUUGAAGUUGCCAGAAUAUGGAUAUUAUUAUGGGUG